CCCCCCCACACAAAUUGCGCUUAUGGAUUAAUGAUUACUAUCAAAAUCUUCUGUCAUCAUAAACAAUAAUAUAGUAAUGAUUUACGAAUAUGUAGAUAAUGUUUCAAGCUUAAUAAUUAGCAUUAUUUAUUUUAUUAUUGCUUACAAAUAAAAUAGCAAUGGAGAAGCAUUACUUCGUUAAUAAAAAGAGCAAUUUUUUAGGUAAAAAAAAUUAAAAUAUUAUUUUUUUUGAAAUGUUAAGAACAUUUAAUUCACCUUUAUUCUUUAUUUCACUAAUUGCUACAUUUUAUACCUGUAUUGUUUAGUUAUGUUAUAGGACAUAGGUACAGAAUGAAAUUCAUAAUGAGUAAUGACUAACAAAGUAUAUAUUAUGUACAAUGUACAUAUUCGUUAAUCGUUAAUCUACGUUAAAUAGGUAGGCAUUUGAAAGAUAUAAUUUCAUAUUUUCAUUUCGGCUAUAGAAAUAGAAUAUAGGUAGAAACGGUUUUGGGGUUUUAUCGAUUCCGCCGUUUUAAUAUCAAUAAAUUCCGCCCGUUAUUUGUCUAUAUUGAUUCCGUCGGCUAUCAAUUACGCCGUACUUUUUUAUUUCAUUUUAUUAUCAAUCCGCUGAAUAAUUGAAAAUUAUUUAUUUUAAUAAUAACAAAAUGCAAAAUGCUUACAUUAAUAUAAAAUUAAUUUUUAGUUUACUUAUAACAAUAUUACAUUGCUAAUAAAACAAUUCAGUGGAGCUGUUAUGCAACGGAAUCGAUAGAUUUCUUACAGGUCAUUUAGACGCAAUCGAUAUACGCCCGUAGGAACCUUCUACCGAAGAUAACGUUUUAAGGUUCCGUUGUUCACUGAUUAGCCAUACCGAUCCCCACUACUAAAUCUUCUCAACAUAUAACGAUCAAUAUUCAAACUGAUAAAUACGGCGGCCUGUUCCAUACCUCAAACGUGAAACGAUCACAAUUCAGUUUAGCUCCAGUAGUCCAGUCUAUGCACUAACCACUGUCUCUUCACGAUACACUGAGCCAUCACCAUCAGUUACAUUGUUCCCGAAAAGUGUUCUCAGCACAAAUAAAAAUGAAGACAACAAUAAUAACCACCAGUAUCCUAAUCGUAUAUUUGAACAUUGUCAUAGGGACACCCUUGCAUCCGUUGCACCACAAUGAGCAUUACAUGAAUCGGAUGCAACAGUUUUGUGGCCAGCAUCUAACUCGAGAGCUUGACAUUCUAUGUGGGGGUGAUUACUAUGACCCCAAUGGUAGUGGACAUAUAAUGCAAAAACGGAUCACCGAAGAAUGUUGUAGUAGACAUUGUUCUAGGAAUUACAUUAAAAUGAACUAUUGUCGUCCUUUAGCCGAAGAAACAAUAUUUACUGAUUCGCCAGUUAUAAGUCCUAUAGAGGAGGUUGAUUACCUUGGAUAUUAUUUUGAACUACUUGGACGUGUAUUGGAACCUAUCGAGGAGGAUUAACCAGUACAACAACAACAUAAACACAAUAUAUUUUCAUUCAAUUUUUUUUAUUAAUAUUAUGUAUAAGUAAUGUAUUAAUAUUUUUUAAUGACAAUAGUAUAAUAUUUUAACACAAUAAAAUAUUCAUUUCAAGA